CAAAUAUUGGAUAAUAAGAGAUGAGUAAAAAUUAUAAAGAAGAAGAAUUUUUGAGGUAGGAUAGAUCAAUUAUUUGAGGUUAGAGUGAAAUCAAAACAUUACAUUCUCAUAAAAUCACUGUUCAGCUCGGGCCUCCAGCUGGUAUAUCAAAUUCCAAUAUUGGUAUAUUGCUUGAAAAAAUAGGUACAAAAUGCUGAAGAGUACUAGUGAAAUCCUAUCAAGGAAACUGACAUCCCUUAGUAAAUUCCAGCUAACAUGUUAUUCUAUUGCUGCACAGCCUAUUACCCAAGAAAGGCUACAAAAGUUCCGUACUAGUGAGACAGUUUGUUCCAAACAUUCAAUUGAACAUCUAUCACAGUUCUACAAAGUCCCUGCCAAUGACAAGAAACAAAUUUUUGCACAUGGAGGAUUGACAAAAUCUUUUGAGGAACAAUCAAAAUCAUUCAAUGAAACUUGUUUGAUGAUUCGACAGCCUGCUUUGGAUGUAAUCAGUCUUCUGAAAACCUUAGAUUACUCCCAGCCUGUGGUCAGAUUUGUUUUGUAUGGAAGAAAAGGUAGUGGAAAGACAGUAUCUUUAGCUCACAUUUUGCAUUAUGCCUUCCAAGAGGGAUUUCUUAUUGUUCACAUCCCAUGGCUGGGCAACUGGAUGCGUAGAUGUAGGGAGAACAGCAACUCUGAAGAUAAAGAAGGUUAUGUUGACAUAAACUUUGAUGCAGCAGCAUGGCUUCUACACUUCAAGACACAAAAUGCUCAUCUGUUGUCCAAACCUGAGGCAAAAACAAGUCAAGACCAUGUAUGGAGCAAACGUGAAAUCACACCAGCAGGUUCUCCACUUUUGUCUAUCAUUGAACAUGGCAUAAACAGAUUAAAAUAUGCUUCUAAGGCUGUAGUUGUCAUAUGUAAUGAAGUUAAAGAGCUAUCAAAUCAAGGAGUUUUCAAAACUUUAGUUGCUGUGGAUGGUUUCAAUGCUUUUUUCUAUCCUAGCACAAGGGUUUACACAGAGAAAAAAGAAGCUGUGCCUCCACAUAAAGUAACUGUGACAGAAGGUUUCAUAAAUUUGAGCAAGUUUGACUGGAAGAAUGGUGCAGUUGUGGUCACUGUUGAUCAGAUUGCUGCAGGUCAAAAUGAUCAACUCUCAUAUUUGCCCAGGUAUUUAUUAGGUAAAGAUGGCUUCGAACAUUUGGAUCCCUUUGUACCCAUCAGUGUGCCAGAUUAUACCACCAAAGAGUUCAUAAGCUGCAUGGAGUAUUAUCGUGGAAGAAAAUGGGUGCAGCCUUAUACAGGCCAAGAUGAUGAGUUGAAAUUCAUCAGUGCAUCAAAUCCUUACAAUUUGAUGAAGCUAUGUAAUUCUCUUUAGAUUAUGAUGUAAGAUUCUAAGUGAAAUAGAUUCAAUAAGAAAA